CAGAAUCAGCGGGUGCGUGAGUGAGUGAGUGAGUGAGUGUGUGCGUGUGCGUGCGUGCGUGCGUGUGCGUGUGUGCCAGUGCGUGUGAGACAGACGCAGAGUGAGAUCGGACAGCCGAGCGGACUUCACAGAGCCGAGUUUCCAAGAGCAGAAGGAAGAGAAGUAGUUGAGAAGUGAUCAUGGACAGGAUGAUAUCAGGACGCGUGUGGCUCGCCUGCGUUUCACUCUUCUUCCCACUGCACGUGUGUCUGGCUUUCGUGUCAGUGAAGGUGACACCUACAGUGGAUGUGAUUAUAGGAGAAACCGCCUGGCUGCCCUGCACCUUCUCCACCACUGGCAACAUGACCGUGGUCCAGUGGUUCAUUGAGUCUGCAGGCACACGGAAGCGUGUAGCUUUCAGGUCAUCCAAAGACGACGGCCUAGAUAAAGACACACCGUUAACAGACCGUGUCACCAUGGAAACUGACAUGACCCUGGUCAUCUCUCCAGUAAAGGUGAUGGAUGAGAGGAGCUUCUUCUGCCAGGUGGACGGAGGACCCGUGGGUACCGCAGAGGCUGAGACCAAACUCAAGGUGUUCUAUGCUCCAGAAAAGCCAGUGGUGUCUGAAAAUAAACAAGUCAUUCCUGUAAGCCCAGAAAACCCAACUGCACAUCAGGUGGGCAAAUGCACCAGCAGCAAUGGUCACCCUGAGCCUCGUAUCAUCUGGUUUAAAGACUCCAAACCUCUGCCAGAGGUUGCAGAUCCUAAAGACAAGUUAUACAUGGUCCCGGGUGUGGUGAAGGAGUCAUCAGGUCUCUUCACGGUCACGAGCACUCUGUACAUCCGGCCCAAUAAGAUGGACGCCAAGUCAGUGUUCCACUGCACCGUGGAGUACAGGAUGCCAAACGAGGAGAUUAAAAAGGAGAACUCGGAACCUUUCAACCUCACACUGCUCUACCCAGCAGAGAAUGUGUUCUUCAAAUUGUUGAACACAUCACCAAUCAAAGAGGGAGAUGAGGUUCGGAUGAAAUGUGAGACGGACGGAAACCCUCAGCCUCAGUUCGAAUUCUCCAAAGACACCAAUUUCGUUACGCAAACAAGUGAGACGGGAUUGCUUAUUCUGCGCAACGUCACUCGCAGUGACUCUGGCACCUACAGUUGUGAGGCAAUGGACUUUGACUCUUUGUCUGCUGACCUGACCAAGAACCUCGCCAUCAACGUGCACCAUCUGGACCCAGUGUCUGUGGUGCCAGCCAGCCCUUUGAUGAUAAGUAAAGGUGAUCCCAUUGAGCUUCAAUGCAAGACCAGGUCUUCUGAUGAGUACACCCUCUCAUGGAUGAAGGAUGGUAAGCAGCUGUCUCAGAAGGGUGUGCUGGCUCUGCAGUCUGCAAAUUUGGACAAUGCUGGCGAGUAUGUGUGUAUUGCAUCGGUCCCCUCAGUGCCGGGCCUGCAGAAGCAAGCUAAUAUCACAGUUAUCAUCUCAGGUCAGCCUGAGAUUGAUGAGCCCAUGACAGGAAAGGUUGCAAGGCAGGGAGAUAAGGUCACUCUCAGGUGUUCUGCUCAAGGCUAUCCUGCUCCACAGUUCACCUGGAAACCCUCUGGCAAAGAGUCAUUAGAAAUAAAUGGGAAUAAGUUCACCAGCACAGUCAUCCUGGAGGCCACAGCUGCUGUUCUCAAAGAUGGCGUCAUUUGUGAGGCAAACAACGAGCACGGUGCAGACAGCAAGAAGUUCACAGUCGAAAUCCAGUCAGACAACACAAUCGAUUCAAAUGGCGGUGCACGAGGAAGCCCAGUGUUUGCAACAGCUGACACUCAGCAGGGUGGCUCCAAAGGAGUGGUGGUCGCUGUGUUGGUGUGUGUGCUGCUGUUGCUCCUGCUGGUGGCUGUUCUUUACUUCUUCGGUAAGAGGGGCAGGAUGGCCUGUCGCAAGAAGGAGAAGAAGGACGUUGCAUCUGGGGAGGUGAACAGUGACAUUGUGGUGGAGAUGAAAUCUGGUGAGAAGCCCAAUGAGGAGUCAGGGCUGCUUAAUAAACCCCAUGUAGAGCAGUGAUAUGAGAGAAGAAUGUGGAGGAAGACAAAUCAUCUGAGGAAUUGAAGAGCAGGAGGGGUGCUUGAGUUUUUUUGGUUUGUUUUUUCUGAGUGAGGCACCAACCUGAAGCAGUGGGGCGGAUAUAUUUGAGCUGUAAAUUUUGUUUAGGGUCGGGUUGGGGAGAGGCAGAUGGGGUUAGAAACAGUGGGUGGGGUUUGACAUAGUGGUUGGGGUUAAGGACAGUGGGUUUGAACAAUUUUUGUAAAAGUGGUCUUCUCUGUUUUUAAGGGGGGUGGGGUAAAUUUUAAAUGUUUUUUCUGCUAAAGUGAGAAACCAAUCACGCAAAUCAUUGUCCACUGAUCAUGACUCUGCAGACUAGCUGUAGAAAAGAAAGCAUCGGAAACUCAAUCCAGCACCGGGUAUACUGCCAAAUUUCCAGAUCUUUUAAUUAAAUCACUGUGCCACUGGAUUGAUCUUUAGCCUGUGCACUCCUCUUUUCAACUUAGUCUGCAUUAGACACUGCACUUACUGUCUGUUCUUACACAAUUCUUCCCACUGUAAGUGCAUUGACACCUGUUGAUCAUCUUUAAAAACACUGCUCAUAAGCAUACACUUUGUCCUGUACAAAUUGCCUGACUGUGGACUUGCAUGCUACUGAAAAUAGCCUGUCUCUUUUUUCCCUACAUUGUAUGUAUAGCCAAAUGUUUGCAUUUUUUUUCUAUCUGUAUUACAUGGUAGCUUCCUAUACAGCACUGCCAAUGCAUCUGUAAAGUCUGAGCAAACCAAAUGCUUGGAGGUGCCAAGGAGCAAGAGAUUAGAAAGUAAGAAAUACAAGGUCAUGCCACUGAAUGCUCUGAGAUGUACAGGCCAAAAAAAUGAGAAGCUUGUUUUUUUUUGUUGUUUUUUUUUAAACCUGUGUCCUCGCAAAAUGUUUUUUUUUUUUUUUUCCUGAAUCUGGAUGCCUCAGUGCAACCUACUCAUGUUCAAAGAGUUUGUCGUUUGUGUAAUUUAAAAGGCCAUGGAGAGAAAUACAGAAGUCUUCUCUAAGUAGCUAAUUAGACUUUAAAGCUCGGUUAUAUGUCCUUUAGUCCCAGGAAUUUGUCACGAGGCUGCACCCAUGCACAGUAUUAAGAUUACGACAUCGUCUGUUUCUGUUGGGUGACUAUGUGACAAGUAUUAGAAAUUUUAUAUGUAAUUAGAAAAAAAGUAAUAAAACAUGAAUUUUUCCCAGAUGUAAAACUGCAAAUGGACCCAAAAGAACCUUACAGAGCACCACUGCUGGUACAGACCAUGUUCCAAACCAUAUUAACUUCUACUGAUUCUCAUCACUCCAUGUGCCUUUCUCAGAACUUCUUUAUUUGUAUUUAUGGGACUAUGUCUAUUUAAAUGCCUCCAGCUUCUCACUCAGUUCUAGUUUCAUGGCCCUGUACAAGUAAGGUGUAAGUAAGUAGUGAAGAGUCUCGUCAGUGGGAGUAGUUAUGGAAAUGCUAGGAUUAUGGCCACACAUCUAGUUUAAUUUUCUUUUCUUUUUUUUUUUUGUUAAACCAAAAAUCUAAAAGACUGUAAAGGUAAUGAAUUCUCUGUCAUAUUAGGAGGCUUCAUUCUCCAAAGCUCGACCCAUGUCACUGCUGUUAUGUCUGUGCUAUAUUCUUUGAAUGUGAUUACGUGAAUAUGUCACACACACUCACACACAUACACACACUCUGUGCUUCUUUCCCACAGGCUCUAGCAAAGCAGAGUAAUUAUAGAUGCUCUAACUGAUAUCACAUGUGAGUUAACGGUAAUUGAAUAAGGCAGGUUAGGGAAGUGUGUUUAUACUAUAUGUGAACAUUUUGAUUUGAAUAUGAACAACCUACUGAGUCGUGCAUGUACAUAUUAUCCUGUCGUUUGGUAUGUAUGUGCUUUCAUUAGCUAUAUACACAUACUUAAUGCUUUUCUGAAUAUGGGGUUAUAAGGCUUACCCUUUCUCAGACACUGAUGCCCAUGUUAAUUCCAUUACAAAAUGUUGAUAUACAAUAAGCUGAAUGUUAUAUUUUAUAUUUAAGUUAGAUUUUUUAUUAUUUGAUUUUUCCAGCUAUAGCGUCAUGCCAAUUUAUCACUGAGAUGUGGUCGAGCAUUAUAGCCAUUUUUUAAUAUCGUAAAAAACUUAUUUGUGCAAGUUCUUUUUUUAAGAAACAAUGACUUGUGGUUAAACUACUGAAUUAUUGCUUCUAUUUUACAUCUGUCACGUUCACUGGUCUUGCAGGUCAGGUUUAGAUAUCUUGUCAUGAAUUAUAAAGUAUUGUGACUACUUUCUCCUUUCUGAUGUAUAUUUUGUGGUAUUAGUUGUGAGCUUUGUAGCCUGUUUUUCACCUUUUGUGGAGCUGUGUAGAAUUUAUACUGACAAAAAAAAUUUCCACACUUUA